AUGAGUGACGAACUUGCACCACCGCGCAAGAGCGUCGAACUCCAGGACGCAGGUACCAAGGAUAUGGCCGAUUCCUCAAGCGACGAGCACUUUUCGGAUGCUACAGAAGGUCGUGCUUCGACUCUACCUGACAGGGAUGAAGCAACCUCACCAAUCCCAGUCACGCGUGUAGAGCGUGUGGAUGAUAACCCCGCCCACGGCGAAGUGCCCGGUACCGAUGCCUACAACAAGCGACUGCAAGAUGCCGUCCCCGACGAGGUGGAAGUGGUUCCAGAAGGCCAGCGAAGCCGCAGUGCUUCUAGGUUGAGUGCUAGCGAUCGACCGCAUACGCCAGGUGGAACUCUGAUCCCUAAAACGACCCUACCGCGCGGGAUGAUUUGCAGCUCUGAUAGCACAUUGAAACAUCGUCGAUUCAACCAUACAUAUGCUGACUGUUCCAAUCAGGUGGUGGAGAAGAUAGACCCAGAACAGCCAAGCCAUGGUGACGUUCCUGGCACGCAUGCUUUUGAACUUCGUGCAGCUGAUGCGGUUCCUGACAUUGUAUUGAAGGCUCCCCAGCCCCCACAGCGAAAUCCAGAGGGGUCACCAACAACCUCGCUAAACAGAUCUCCCAUGAACUCCGACAACGAAGACGACGUCGCAGAUUCACCCGAUGUCUCUGCUCAUGAGUCCUCCAACCAUACUAACGAUGGUGAGGAGGACGACGGCGAGUUUGGGGACGAUUUUGAUGAUUUUGAGGAAGGCGGCGAAGGGGACGAUUUUGGGGAUUUUGACGAUGGGUUUCAGCAGGGCGAGGCAGAGACUUCGUUUGACAAACCCCUAGAUGAGCCUUCUGUACCCGCUCCUCCUCCGGGUCCUCCCAUUUUGAACUUCGAAGACUUGACCACGCUUGAUGACAUAGUCAACGCGUCCCAGCCUUAUAUUGAUGAUAUAUACCCUACCGUGAAAGACAUCCCCAGUAUUGCUACUGCAAAUCAAGGUGCGCUGCGGUCUAUAUUCUUGUCAGAGCGAAGUGAAUCGCUCUGGUCACAGUUGGUUGCCCCACCCCCGCUCCAACCACCUGACUGGGUGCGGUCUCGGAUACGCCGGCUGUUCUUGGUAUCACUCGGUGUGCCAGUCGACCUCGAUGAAAUUCUACCAGCCUCUAAGCAGAAGAAGCUCAUUCUGCCCUCGAUCCAUAUCCCUGGGGAGAAAUCGCCACGGCCGUCAACGGACGGACGGAACGGAGCCCUCGGCAGAGUGAAGAAGGACAAUGCUUCCUCGACAUCGGUGGAUUCAUCAGCAUCUAAGUCUGACAGGAAAAGAAAGGGACCGCCUCCACCGCCACAAUUGGAUAUCAGUUCUACAACAAUGCUUUGCUCUACAACGGAUGCUGCGCUCAGCAACUUUACAGACGACGAACUAGAGGCGCAUAUCAAACGUUUGGGAGAGCUCAAAGAGCGUGCCAAUGAAGUAUUCGAGUACUGGCAGAAGCGAAUGGAGAGUGCACUUGGCGACAAAGACGCCUUUGAGCAAGUCAUUGAAAGUCUUGUUGCGCACGCAAAGAAGCUAAGAUGAGGCGUCGUCCCUUUGUCCU